GCAUUGAUUACUUUUGCCGGGAUAUAAAGUUAGCAGCGACCUAGAUUUCUCAAACCACAGCGUUCGGUCGAAUGAAAAACAGCCGCCUCUUUCAGAUCAUUGUUCGAUGCGUUUUGAUCAUGCCGUCGACAUGAUUAACAAUUUUUCCUCGUUCGGCGAUUUUAUAUCUUUUAGAGGAGCAACUUUCUCAAAUGCAGUGAUGUCCGUGUGAGGAUGGGCGACUGGAACUUUCUGGGAGGGAUUCUGGAGGAGGUUCACAUCCACUCCACUAUGGUGGGGAAGAUCUGGCUCACCAUCCUCUUCAUCUUCCGCAUGCUGGUGCUGGGUGUGGCGGCCGAGGACGUGUGGAACGACGAGCAGUCCGACUUCAUCUGUAACACGGAGCAGCCCGGCUGCCGCAACGUCUGCUACGACCGCGCCUUCCCCGUCUCCCUGAUCCGCUACUGGGUCCUGCAGGUCAUCUUCGUGUCCUCGCCCUCGCUGGUCUACAUGGGCCACGCCAUCUACCAGCUGCGCGCCCUGGAGAAGGAGCGUCACUGCAAGCGUGUGGCUCUCCGGCGCGAGCUGGAGACGAUGGAGGCAGAGCUGGCGGAGGCUCGGCGGCGGGUGGAGCGGGAGCUGCGGCAGCUGGAGCUGGGGAAGCUCAACAAGGCUCCGCUCCGGGGCCCGCUGCUGCACACAUAUCUGGCGCAUGUGGUGACCCGCUCCGUGGUGGAGGUGGGCUUCAUGACGGGCCAGUACCUGCUGUACGGGCCCAAGCUCCAGCCUCUGUACAAGUGCGAGCGGGAGCCGUGUCCCAACGUGGUGGACUGGCAUCGCCGCCGCCUCGCUGCUCCUGAGCCUGCUGGAGAUCCUGCACCUGGCCUACAAGAAGCUGAGGAAGGGGCUUCUGGACUACUGUCCGCCGCCGAGAGGAACUCGCUGCUGCAUCAGGGGCGUAAAGCCACUGUCCCAACGGUGGCCGGUGGAUUCGCUCCGCUCCUGGAGAAACAGGGCAACGGACCCGUGUACCCCGCGCUCGUUAACCCCUCGUCUGCGUUCGUGCCCAUCCAGGUGCGACAGCAGAACAAGGACAUCGUUUCCAGUCUGCUGCAGCGCAACAGCAAUUCCAACAACCCCUGCAGCGAGACUCGAUCCCCAGCAGCGCAGACUCGGCUCCCGGUGGAGUCCCAGUGCUCUCUAACGGAUCCGCGCAAGCAGCGGCGAAACUGCGGCACGGCGGCGGAAGGGAACGGCUCGGACAGCACAGACUCCAAGCCCAGCUCCGGCUCACGGCAGCACGGAUCCGCAGGGAAUCCCACCGACUCACCCAACAGACAACGAGCUUCACUAACGAGCGGCAGCAAACGAGCCGACAGCGACCUGCAGAUCUGA